GCACUGCUUGAAACAAAAACGAACGAAAUGAUGCAGUUGCAACAGGAGAGGUUGGUAUUAAUCAACAAAAUACGUGAUUUGAACGAACAACAUGCAAAUCUAUUCAACACGGAGGAGGCGAACGAUGGCGAAGUUUACGAUGUCUUAUGGUUGUCAACGGAAAUGUUUGCUAGCGGAGGUAGCGAUAAACGAGUCCGCCUAUGGAGAGUGGACCAUCCUGUUUCUAUUCUUUGCUGUCAGAGCACGUUGGUUGGAUGCAACCAUUCAGUGACACGUCUUGACUUUGAUCCCGAGUCCCGACUCUUGCUCGGCGCUAGUAACGACAAUGGUGUCCGGCUAUGGAACGUGGACAAUCAGCGACUUAUGACUUCCUUCAUGGGACAUACGGAUAAGGUGUCAUCAGCUCGAUUUCUUUCGUCUACGCAAGUAGUUUCUGGCUCGAACGAUCGUCUGAUCAAGAUAUGGGAUGUGCGGAGCCAGCGAUGUAUCCGGUCCGUAUUCCCAGGAUCUACUAUCCUUGAUAUAACGGGAAUCAAGAAAGGGGUAGCAACGUUCACUUCAGGACACUUCGAUCGAAAACUUCGAUUUUGGGAUUCGUGUUUUUCAACAUUUUUGGUCGAGAAAUUGAUUGUCUAUCAUCUUUUUUGUAUAGAUGGCAUUCAUCUUUUGUGCUCUACCAGAGACGAUACAUUAUCUUUAUUGGACGUUCGAAAGUAUCAAACUGUGCAUAUAUACAGCGCUGAGCACUAUCGCACUUCGACUGAUCUCUCUCGUUGCGUUCUUUCCCCAUUGAUGGCUUAUUGUGCUGCUGGUUUCACAUUUAGCUUUCCAAUGUUAAAGUAUAUUACUUUACCUUUUUCUAGGCAUGCAGUAUUUUCGUUAAAUUGGAAUCCUUCUGGUCACGGUUUACUUAGUGCGGACAAGCAAAAAACUGUCUGCUUCUGGAAAUAA